UUUGUGUGUCCCCCAUGGCACAGUUACCCGCGGGAAAUUUUACGAACUCGGUCGAAUCAGACGAUGCGGAGAUGACUCGGGCAGAAUCAGAUUGUGAAUCGAGAGUUCGAGAGAUUGACAAGUGUCACGCGACGAACAUGGAGGAGGAAGAGGAACCGGAACAUGAACAGCACAAAGCAAAUGCAAUUCAACGGAAUUGGAAAUGGAGACGCCCAGAUUAAACAACAAAUGGGUAUCAACAGUUGCUAGCGUAUGGAUUCAAUGCACCAGUGGGUCUCUCUACACCUUCUCCAUCUACUCGCAAACCCUCAAGUCCACUCAGCGCUACGAUCAGUCCACUUUGGACAUUGUUUCUGUUUUCAAGGACAUCGGUGUCAAUUGCGGCGUCCUUUCAGGCUUUCUCUACUACUACGCCGCCGCUGAUGGCGGUCGUCGUGGACCGUGGAUUGUCCACUUGGCCGGUGCAAUUCAGUGCUUCUUGGGUUAUUUCCUUAUCUGGGCUGCCGUUGCUGGGCUCUUCCCUCGGCCGCCGGUUCCCGCUAUGUGCCUUUUCAUGUUGGUGGCUGCUCAUGCUCAGAGCUUCUUCAACACGGGUAACGUUGUCACUGGCGUUCGUAAUUUUCCCAGUUAUAGUGGGACGAUUGUCGGAAUCAUGAAGGGGUUUCUUGGUUUGAGUGGAGCAAUAUUGAUUCAAGUAUACGAGACUAUAUUUGAUGAACAGCCUACUUCGUUUAUUCUGAUGUUGGCACUGCUACCCACCCUUAAUUCCUUAUUGUUCAUGUGGUUUGUGAGAAUUCACAAUACAAAUGAUGGAAUUGAGAAAGAGCAUCUCAAUACCCUAUCCAUAAUCACUCUGCUAGUUGCUAUUUACCUUAUGUUCAAGAUAGUUCUAGAGCAUAUUUUCACCUUCCAAUUCCCUCUACACGUUGCUGCAUUUGUUCUACUUUUGAUGUUGCUUGCAUCUCCUCUAUAUAUUGCAAUCAGAGCCCAGCAGACAGAAUCCACUAAUAUUUUGCUCUCUUCUCUUACCGAGAGUGACCAACUGAUUGGUCACUCCAAUCAAGCGAUCAUGGAUUUUGACAAUGAAUGGCCAAGGGAAUCUGAAGAAAACCUUAACCUCUUGCAAGCUUUAUACACCAUAGACUUUUGGAUUUUGUUUUUUGCAACGGCUUGCGGCAUGGGAACAGGAUUAGCUACAGUGAAUAAUAUCAGCCAGAUAGGAUUAUCUCUUGGUUACACAAGCUUGGAGAUAAGUACUUUGGUUUCAUUGUGGAGCAUCUGGAACUUUUUUGGUCGUUUUGGAGCUGGAUAUGUAUCAGAUUAUUUUCUACAUGCAAGAGGAUGGGCUAGGCCGUUAUUCAUGUUCCUCACUCUGACAAUCAUGAGCAUUGGACAUGUAGUGAUUGCUUCUGGCCUGCCAGGUGCUCUUUUUGCUGGUUCGGUGAUAGUGGGUGUUUGUUAUGGUUCUCAGUGGUCACUAAUGCCAACAAUUACUUCUGAAAUAUUUGGUGUUGUACACAUGGGUACUAUAUUCAAUGCUAUUACAAUAGCGAGCCCUAUUGGAUCUUAUUUAUUUUCAGUUAGAGUUGUUGGGUAUAUAUAUGACAAGGAAGCAUCAGGUGAAGGAGACACUUGUACUGGAACAAACUGCUUCAUGUUAUCAUUUCUGAUUAUGGCUCUUGCCACCCUUCUGGGCUCUUGGGCAGCCCUCGGAUUAUUUUUCUGGAGAAGAAGUUUCUACGAUCAAGUGGUUUUUAGAAGGCUGCAACAUUCUUCAAGUGGAUAAAGGAAUAAAUACCACAUGGUGCAUACAAAGUGAAAUGCGGAGGUUUUUUCUGGUCACUGCUAGCAAGUUAUCUUUGCAGGAUCUUGUGUGAAAUCCGCAAAUUGAAGCACUAGUGCUACUGCUUCGUGUUCUUUCAACCUGCAGGCUAAUUAUACUAGAUACGUUAGCCGAUUCUUGUGGCAACUUAAACUUGCUCCUAGAGUAUCUUGUACGUAGAAGAUAUUGUAUGUACAUGGUUGUAGUGUGAGAAUAAUACACAUUUGUUGCUUCUGAGCCGCUUUAUUAGUAAGUUAGUGCUCUUUAACCUCACAGUACUCAAACUGAGAGAGGAUUUAUUGAUUAAAAUUUCUCUUUAUAUUUAUAAUGUCUUCCCUUUCCGUCUUUCUCACAACAGACAUAUGUCAGCGUCUCUGACUUUGCUGUAACUUCUUCUGCUGCUGAGAAAAUACUAUGAAAUAUUUUCUUCGUUAACUUUGCAUGGUGGUUUAUAGUGCGCUUUUAGAUUUAGAUGAGGAAUAGGAGGGUUUUAUAGAAACAGUUAACGAUGGAAGACCGCCAGGGGUCCAGGGGAGGGAAGAUAAGGAAACCUACGGGCUGUACUAGGAGCUUAGAAUAAGGAAUUGAAAUGACUAAUCUCCAAUGGUCGCAAAGCAAUAGUUCUAUCUCUCUUUUGUUGUUUGUUACAUCAGUAAACACGACGAAUAUUGGUAACUCUAUAAUUACUUUUAUCCAUAUGUGAUGAAAUAAAACUUUCUGUUACUAUCAUUAUUAUGCACUAAUCACUUGGACUGGCACAAAAAAUUUAAUACUUCUAACUGGAUUUUGAGCAUAACAAUGGGUCAUAAUUGAAUUUUAGAUUCAAUAUGAGGUUUCCUUAAGAAAUUUGGAACUUGUUAAUACUUCUUGUGGAAAUGUUUUCAAUCCAAAGGAUAAUCACCAGAUUUGGUGGCAAGAAAACUCGUAGAUAGGUGGUCACCACAGUUUGGAGCCGUUCUCUCUCAGCCCCUUUACUAUGCAGUUUUCCUAUUCAUUUUGUCAAAAUCACCUUUAUGCCUUUAUUUCGUGAAAGAUGUUGCUCUCUAUUUCCUUCCCUUCUCCCCCGGCAAACAGAAAAUUAGUCUCCACAUAUUCACUGAGGAUUUGUUAUCUUGUUGAACUAGUUCUUUGCUCUAUACUUCUAUAUGGUUGAACUAGUUCUUUGCUCUUGAGCUAGUUCGUGAAAGAUGUUGCUCUCUAUUUCCUUCCCUUCUAAGUUUGAGAGUAUCGUUAAAUUCGUAGAUGCAUUAAAGAAAAAGAAGGUUUUAAUUUUGUGUACUUCUAGGUAACUCGGCUUAUCCUUGAGAUUUCCAAGAGUUCCAUUUUUACUUCUACUUGUUUUCCUCCCUUUAUAUUUUAGUUUGCUCUUUUUCAACUGUGGAAGAGGUGGUUGAGCUACUGAUUUGUUGUUUAACUUAUAGAAUUCUGUUUUGGUAUUCUGAUGUCAUUUACUUUAGUGCAGGAUAAUAUUAUCCUUGAAUCUUCUUCAGAUAUUUAUAACCAUUUUCUAUCUUUCGAGAUUCAAUUGUCAUGGUAAUAAGAUUGUAGUUUCUAAUACGUUCGAGAAUAUACUCCUUUAGGUAUCUUGGUUUUGUCCUUCAGAUUUUCAAGAGUUGCAUUUAUACUAGAAUCCCAAAACCCGAGUUUAGUUUGCCAUUUUUUGGAGUGAGAAGGAGGUGGUUGAGCUAUUGACCCUAUGGUCAACUUAUGGAUUGAUUUAUCACAUAUUCUAUGGAUUUAUGUUCGAGAUUUUGAUGUCUCUUACUUUAGCUGCAGGAUAUCUUAUUCUGUAACCUUAUUAGUAGAUAUUACUGUUUUCAAUCUUUCUGGACCUGCCUGAUGAGAUCAUUGAUGAGUUUAAAAGAAAUUAGAAAAAGGAACUACGCCGUGCGUCCAAUAGAAGCUAUCAUAUAUCAAAUUUGCCACAUCUACUGUUAUGCAUAUGCCACUAUCUCAGCUCACUCCCAAACCAACGGCAGGUACGAGUUAAAAUUUUAGUUGGCAGGAUAGCUAUGAAGAUUAAUGCCCGUCUUCGCUAAAUUCCUAAUGGAUUUAUAUUCAAGUGCUGCACAUGCAUGAUUAUAUUAUACUCAUCAUUCAGUCACUCAUCUUCAACUUCUUGUCUGCUGACUAGUUUGAAGGAGAGCCUAGGCCUAUUGGGGCUCACAUUUGAGCACACCUUUGACCCUUAGCUCGACACCAUGUCAGGCGGUCAGUGGUCUUACUCGUUAAGCUUUGGUUUCAGGUCCCGCCAUCUGUUCGACCAAGAGGAACACUCCUAUCUUGAAAGCAAAAGCUAAACCAUCUUCGCCAACUACUGUAGCAAUGAUCCAUCCUACAACAUCUGCUGUCGCGGUUCAAGAAUCAGCCGAUAUGGAUGACUCUAUGGAGGAUAUGAAAGCUCUUAGUUCACUUGAUGGAAGAUAGAGGGUCAGUGUGUUGGUCAAUUGCAAGAGAAAGGAGAUUCAUUCUUCCAAUUCAAUAGACCAAAAUAUAACGGCUAUUCUUCUGGGAUUCUUUACCAUUUAUUCACUGAGUUGAACAGAAGAUAAGAAAAGCUUCAAGCUACGGCAGUCUUCUAGUUGUAAUAUGAGGGGAAGAAAUGAAUAUCGGCAGAGCCUGUUCACUACACGGCUCGGGUUGUUCUUCGAGCCCCACGUCUUCCUUCCCCGUUUUACCGUCUAAAGUACAUAGUUGGCGACUCUACUGCCUGAUAACGUGAAGAAGUCUGACCUUAUACAAAUGUGUAUAUGUAUUAUGCAUACUAUACAUGAAUAUGAAAUCUGCACGAGGUGAUGGGUAAAUAAAGCAACCGUUUAUAAAAGUUUCACAA